UGUAAAACUACUUUGGGCACAUUGCACUUGGGCGAUCGUUGUCGAUUGCCAGAUUCUGUUGGCUUCGAAACACCUCCCUGUUGUAACUCCUUGCGACGUGGCACCGUCACUGUCUCGACUCCAUCUAGUCAACACCGUCUUUCAUACGUAUCCGAGUUCCAUUCUCGCAACUCUCUUGAUGCCAUGAACGUGUUGCGCAAGAACAAGGAGCUUUGCGAUGUUGUGCUGCUAGUAGAUUCCAAAAAAAUCUACGCACAUCGCGUUGUCCUGGCAGCAUCGUCGCCCUACUUCAAGGCCAUGUUUGCUGGUGAAUUGGCCGAAUCGCGGCAGAUGGAGGUGAAGCUCUUUGAUUUGGAUCCCAAUGCUGUUGAGACCCUGGUUAAUUUCUGCUACACCAGCCGAAUUCAAGUUGAGGUGAAAAAUGUCCAGGCCCUACUUCCCGCAGCCUGCCUCCUCCAAAUGACAGAAAUUAAAGUCAUCUGCUGCGAAUUUCUCAAGCGACAAUUGGACCCCUCAAACUGCCUCGGAAUUCGGGCUUUCGCGGACACUCACUCGUGUACAGAUUUACUCAAAAUGGCCGAUCGGUUUGUUCAUCAGAAUUUCCUGGAAGUGGUGGAGUCGGAGGAGUUUAGGCUGCUCCCAGUUUCACAAUUGAUUGAAUUACUUAGUUCCGAUGACUUAAGCGUGCGAGGGGAGGAGCAGGUUUACCUGGCGGUCAUGCGUUGGCUUCAACACGACCUUACAUCGCGUCAAAAACACUUGCCACUGCUUCUGCAGCACGUCCGCCUGCCCCUGCUAACGCCAAAGUUCCUCGUCGACGUAGUCGGUGCCAGCGCUCUUGUUCGCUCCAACGAGUUCUGUCGUGAUCUUAUAGACGAAGCCAAGAACUACCUCCUGCUGCCUCAGGAGCGUUCCAGAAUGCAGGGACCGCGCACGCGACCUCGCAAACCCGUCGCCUUUGGAGAGGCUCUCUUCGCGGUGGGUGGUUGGUGCUCGGGCGACGCUAUUGCCUCGGCCGAGCGCUACGACCCGCGAACCCACGAAUGGACGCUGGUCGCGCCAAUGAACAAGCAACGCUGUGGAGUUGGUGUGGGCGUCGUCAACGACCUUCUCUACGCCGUGGGGGGUCAUGAUGGCCAGAGUUACCUAAACUCGGACGGGGUCACGUGUCUCAACCUCGUCGAACGCUACGACCCAGUCAUCAACAAGUGGACGAAGGUUCGUUUUAGUAGCAAUAAAUAUAAUCUGCAUUUCUGGGCUGGUUAUUUUUACCAGGUCGCCAACAUGUCCACUCGACGUCUGGGCGUGGGUGUGGCCGUGAUCAACGGACAGCUCUACGCAGUCGGCGGCUCCGACAGCCAACACCCGCUCGCUACCGUGGAGCACUACGAUCCACGUGUCGGCUCGUGGUAUCGCAUCGCCUCGAUGUCGGCUAGACGCAAGCACCUCGGCGUGGCGGCGUUCGGCGGCUUCAUCUACGCUGUCGGUGGACGCGACGACUCCACUGAACUCUCCUCCGCCGAGUGCUACGACGUCCGCGCCAACGCCUGGUGUCCUGUCGUUGCCAUGACCUCGAGACGCAGUGGGGUUGGUUUGACGGUGAUUCGGAACCAGCUGAUUGCAAUCGGCGGCUUCGACGGAGCUAGUUACUUGAAGUCGGUGGAAGUCUACGACCCGGAUUCAGCGUGUUGGCGUCUCCAAGGCAGCAUGAACUCGCGUCGUCUCGGCGGUGGUGUGGGCGUCGUGCGAUUGGCCAGUUACCCGGGGUGUUGUGGCGACGCCAACGUGAAAACAAAAUUCAAGUAA